UCGGAGGAGCAAUGGCGGCGCCCAUGCUACGGCAGUGCUGCCUUGGAAGGCUUUGGGCUUUAACCUGCAUUGUCCGCGGUUCUCGCCACGGGAGAGGGGCUCCAAGAGGGUCCAGGUGCAGCGGGAAAAGGGGGCAGAGUUCAGUGGCUCUGCAGCACCUCACCACGGCCCAGAAGCCGAGAAAAGGUGAACAUGAAUGGGCAGCUGUGGUAGGUUUGGAAAUUCAUGCCCAGAUUUCCUCAAACUCUAAACUCUUCUCUGGAUCUCAAGUCCUCUUUGCAGCACCUCCAAAUUCUUUGGUAUCUUUUUUCGAUGCAUCUCUGCCUGGAACUCUGCCGGUUCUCAACAGGAGGUGCGUAGAGGCGGCAGUGAUGACAGGCCUGGCACUGAACUGCCACAUAAACAAGAAGUCCUUGUUUGACAGGAAACACUACUUCUAUGCAGACCUCCCUGCAGGCUACCAAAUCACCCAGCAGAGACUCCCAAUCGCUGUGAACGGGAGCCUCACGUACAGUGUCUGUGCGGGGACGAAGCGGAACCAGGUGAUCAACAAGACAGUGAGGAUCAAGCAGAUCCAGCUGGAGCAAGACAGUGGCAAAAGCCUCCAUGAUGACCUGCGGGCUCAGACGCUCAUUGACUUGAACAGAGCAGGAGUUGGCCUUCUGGAAGUGGUCCUGGAGCCAGACAUGUCCUGUGGAGAAGAGGCGGCAACAGCCGUCAGGGAGCUGCAGCUGAUUCUUCAGGCCCUGGGGACCAGCCAGGCCAACAUGGCAGAGGGCCAGUUGAGAGUAGACGCCAAUAUAUCCGUGCAUCGCCCUGGGGAGCCUUUGGGUGUUCGAACAGAAGUGAAGAAUCUCAAUAGUGCCAGGUUCUUAGCCAAAGCGAUAAACUAUGAAAUCCAGAGGCAAAUCAGAGAACUUGAGAAUGGCGGUGAAAUCCUGAAUGAAACUCGCUCCUUUGACUACAAGCUGGGGUGCACCGUGCCGAUGAGAGACAAAGAAGGAAAACAAGACUACAGGUUUAUUCCUGAACCCAACCUGCCUCCCCUGCUGCUCUACGACUCAGCGUCUCUGCCUGCGGGCACAGACCCACAGCAGGUGAUCAACAUUGACCAGAUUCGGGAGCAGCUCCCCGAGCUCCCCAGCGCGACCCGGGAGAAGCUCAUUCAGCAGUACGGGAUGCUGCCAGAACAGAGCCUCACCUUACUGAAUGAAGUUGGCCUACUGGAGUUCUUCCAAAAUGUGAUAAAAGAAACUAGGGCAGAGCCCAAAAAAGUGACUAGUUGGGUGCUCAACAUUUUUCUGGGUUUUUUAAAGCAACAGAACCUUGCCGUCAGUGAGAGUCCUGUCACGCCCUCUGCGCUGGCCGAGCUUCUCAACCUGCUGGACAGGAAAGCCAUUUCUUCAGCCGCAGCCAAACAGGUGUUUCAGGAGCUGUGGAGGAGCGAAGGGAAGACGCCAGCGCAGAUCAUGUCGGAAAAGCAGCUGGAACUGAUGCAGGACCGAGAGGCCCUGGAGCGGCUCUGCCAGGCCACGCUGGAGGAGCAUCCCCAAGUGGUAAUGGAUGUGAAGAAGGGAAACCCCAGAGCUAUAAACAAACUGAUUGGCUUGGUCCGAAAAGUGACUCUCAGCCGAGCAGAUCCGACCGUGAUAAAGGAGAUACUGGAGAAGCAGCUGUCGUCAUGAGAUAUUCCGGGUCCCUCUGCCUGAGGGAGUGCGGCCAUGACCCAGGCCAGAGCCUUGAAACCCAGCGCCCACGAGCUCGAUGAGCCGGCCUCUCCCAGCCCCAGGGCCCCGGCUCCAUCAUGGCUGCAACAGGGGCUAAGAAAUAGCACAUUCUAGUGCUUAGUAAUUCUGAACUGAAGGAAACAUACUGUUUCAAAUAUUGUUCCCUAAGAAAAAUUCAUUCUGCAGUAUUGUAGACCUAAAAAUAAGUUGAUGGAGAGGAAGACAUCAAAAUGAAUCCACUGGCCGUGUAAACACGUUCGUUCAGAGAGGCCUCCUGAGGGCAGGGCCGGAGGCCCCCAGUCCCGUGCGGGGUGGCGGCGCCAUGCACCGUCCACAGGGGCAGGCCGUGGCGCCCCUUCCACUCCCUGCGGCCCCCGAGGGCGGUGCUCUGAGAAUACAAGAACUUUUUGGUAAAAUAGACAACAGACAUUUUCAAAUAAAUUUAAUGAAUAAAAUAUAUACUGAAAUAUCACAUAAAAAAUUAACUUACACUUCAAAGAUUGUGCAGUUGACAAUUUCCCCCCAUCCCACCCUUAGGCCAGAAAGAGAUAAAAGGAAAAAAAUAAGCUGUAACAUUAAAUUGAUUUGUUUUGCCUGCAAAGAAUAAGAUUAUAAACUAGCAUAUCAGAAUCUUGACCUUUAACAGUAAUUGUGGUGCAGUUACCAGCGUCCCCACGCCGCGGGCUGCCUGCACUGCCAUGCUUGUGACAAUAAUGCCAUUUCUGUCGCAGUGGGACACCCCUUUUUGUUCAUUCGUUUUGUUACCUCCGACUCACAAUGCUUAAAGACCAGUUUUGCAAAUGGUAUUUUUGAAAAGCAUGUGUCAAAUUCUGACAUAAAUAAGAGAACAAAAUGUUUGGAAGCCCUGAUUUUACACUGAAUCUUUAGCCCACGAGGAAGAGUAAGCAUUUCCGCCAGGAAGGGCGCUCCUGCGGCGGCUGGAGGAGCAGGCCUUCGCCCGUCGCCCUCCUGCAGGCAGUGGGUGCAGCCGCUCACUCGGGGCCCGCACUGGAGUGAUGGCAGUGUCUGCCCCCUUCCUGGUGUAGAAUUAGGAGAGAGGACAUCACCCAGGAAGCCUUGUGCCCCUCACACAUUCUGUCACAAUACUGACAACUGGGCCCAACAUAAAUGUUUUCAUAAAGCCUCUUUUCAAGAGAGGAAGGCGGAGUCCCUUCUCUCUCCUCACCCCACACGUCUCGAUUCCACGCGGGUAAAGGCAGCAGGAGGUCAGACCCGAGUGGGAUCACUGCCUCGCAAGGCCUGGCGUCUCAGUCACGCGCCCGUCCAGAAAGCUCUGGAGGAUCUGUCCAGA